CUCGGGGCAGCGGUGGAGUGUGGGCACGAGCGUCAGUCCUCUCCCGUCUCUGCACAGUGACUGAGGAGUGUGAUGUACGUAGAGUUUAAUCUGUACUGUAGACAGGUUGUGUGUGAAUUUCUUACGUCAUAAUGUAAAUUUAUUACGUACAAAGUGAAUUAUCAAAUCGAUUGAAGUGAACAAAACUUGAAAAGUGAAGGAAAACAUAUGUUCAAACUUGAUAUAACUGAACAAGUGCAAAAAUAAAUGUGCUUUGGUGUUUAUCAAAGGUGACAGUGACAGGCACCUUUUGAGAGUGCCAGCAGUGAGUGUGCAAGUGCCACGAGAACCAGCGCAGCGCCACAGCAGCAUCUACGGUGCCCAGAGGCGUCUCGUCGCAUCCCGAGACGCGUGGCGCCCUUGCCGACAUGGCUGGCUUCCUGCUUCUCCUCACAGGGGCGCUGACCGGCCUCGUAGGCGUGGCCGAGGGCACCUGCAACCCGCCCACGUCCCUGGCGCACGGGCAGGUGAAGCUGGGAAGAGGCGGCAUCAUCGCGGCCUUCUCCUGCGAGGAAGGCUACACGCUGCAGGGCACGGGCAUCGCCGUCUGCGUCGCCGGCAGGUGGUCCACGCCCGUGCCCACCUGCGUCAGUGAUGAUCCCGACGCCCCGCCUGCAACCGACACGCCCACGACCGCCGCGCCCACGACCGCCCCUCCUCGACCAGGCCGCAGGAGGCAACGAGGACCCGGUUCCAGGAGAGGCAGGCAGCGAGGAAGAAGGCCCACCAGCACCACGACGGAGGCCCCGAGCGUCGAGCAGCAGCAGCAGGACCAGCACGUGAUCACGGCCUACAACGUGGUCGAGUCGUCCUCCACCCUCAAGGACCACAUGAAACACACGAAGGUCAAAGGGCAAACCAAACAGACGAGGCAAGAAGAGGAAGAUAAUAAGGAGAUGGAGGAAGAGGCGCAAUCGGAGGUAGCGAGAGAGGAGGAGGAGGAGGAGGAGGAAAUGGAAAACACCGAGAAUACGAGAGAGAGAAAGAGGAAGAACCGAAGAGAGAGAAAGAAGGAUAGAAAAGGUCGCAAAGGAAGAAGGAGAAGGAUAGAGGAGGAGGAAGACGUGGACAGGUCGGUCAACGAGGUGAGGAGGAGCGGCGAAGGGGCGGAGGAGUCGGGGCGUCAGGCAUCUCAGGAGGACGACUUGGCGAGGGCCCUCGAGGAGAAGCGGGAAAAGAGACGGAGGAGGAAAGAGAGACGGAACAAGAAAAAGCGAGGCGGGAAGAACGGUGAUAGGCAGGGCAAGAAGAGGAGGAAGGGCAGAAAGGGCAGAAGGAAUGAGAUUCCUCAGGAGCCGCAGGACGUCGACAACAGCCUCGAUGCCUUCGGCGGGAGCCACGCCCCCUCGGCCGGCGACGUCACUGGCGAGGCAGACAACCAGGUGCCCAACGAGGUGGUGCCGAGGCUGGACGCCGAGGAGAGCCAAGCGGGCAAGAGGAAGCGAGGCGACCGGCGGCGCAGACCGGGCCACCGACGGGGCCGCCCCUCCACCACGACCUCGCCGCCAGAAACCACAACACCUACAACCACCACAACUACCACCACGACCACGACUACCACAACUACCCCCGCCACGACGGUAACCACGGAGGUCCUUUACGACUCGACGGGCUACCCACAGGACUCCUCCUACAGCGCCGUCGAGCCGCAGUACACCAUCGAGGGGCGGGAAGUCGAGCGGACCAUCGUCGACUUCGUGCCCGAGUCUCCCGCAGGAUCCGCCGACGAGGACGACUUCCGGAAGAAUGCCGUCGAGGAGGUGCUCAAAUACCACGGGAAAGACGCCCGAGGGAACGGAAGAGGGAGGAGGAAGAAGAAGGGCAAAAACAAGAAGAACAAGAAGGGGGAUAAAAGUCACGUCAUGAUAGAUAAGACGGAGUAUGAAACGGAGGACGUCGAGGACACGUACAGCGAGAUCCCUGAGCCCGACGAAGGACCUUACCACGAGGAGGAGGACGAGACCCUGGACGCCUUGGAUGACCUGCCCGAGGGUUACCCGACGGACAGGUUUAGGGAGAGGGGAUCCAACUCCAACUACUCAAGAUUUAUUGAAACGGAAGAUAUCAAAUUCGAGUUGCUGGACAUGUCAUGUGUGGUCUCGGAAAGCGACUCCAUGUAUCUUCCACCGCCGAGGGUCCCCAACGCUCACGUCACUUCCUAUUACACAGUCACCAACCCAGCCCCUCCCAACAACGUUUACGCCGAGGCAGUGUAUGAGUGCAAAUUCGGCUACAGACUGACCGAGGGAUCAAGCAAUAGAGUUUUCUGCAUGGGCGACAAAUGGCUGGGUGUUUUACCGUCGUGCGUUUCUUAUGCCCGCCAGAAGAGCAGCGGCAAGUGCGAGGACGAGAACGGCGACUGCGAGCAGAUCUGCGACCCGACUCCCAACGGGCGCCAGUGCCUGUGCUACAAGGGCUUCACGCUGGGAGAGGACGGCGCCUCCUGCGAGGACCUGGACGAGUGCGCGAUAGACAACGGGGGCUGCGAAGGGAAGUGUCUCAACAACCUCGGUUCCCAUCGCUGCUACUGCCCUCGGGGAUUCCGCCUCGGGACCAACGGCAAGGCGUGCAUAGAUAAGAACGAGUGUCUCCUUCGCAACGGCCACGGUCCCUGUCAGGAUACUUGUGUUAAUACCGACGGAGGAUACUACUGCACCUGCGAAAGCAUGCCAGGCACGCAGUUGGGCGCCGACAACCACACCUGCGAGGAUGUGAACGAGUGCGCCAUCAACAACGGCGGCUGCUCCCAUAUCUGCCUCAACACCUUCGGGCAGAUCUUCUGUACUUGUCCCGAGGGCUUUGUGAUGGGCAUGGAUUGGAAGACGUGCGAGGACAUCGACGAAUGCAGCUACGAGGACAUAGCAGCUCAAUGCGAACACCGCUGCGUCAACACCCCCGGCAGCUACCACUGUGCCCAAGCCGAGGAGCUGCUGCAGACGGCCCUCGAGUGCCCCGAAGGCCUCGUGCCAACCGACGACAACCUCUCGUGCCAAGACGAAGACGAGUGCGCAGAAGACAACUUCGGCUGCUCUGACGUCUGCGUGAACACCCACGGCGGCGCCCACUGUGCCUGCCCCGUCGGCUACGAUCUGGCUCCUGACGACAAGACCUGCGAGGACAUCGACGAAUGCGAGGAGGAGGAGGAGGAGGAGGGGGAGGGGGGGCCCGGCUGCUCCCACGGCUGCGCCAACUCCGAGGGAUCCUACAGCUGCACUUGCCCCGAGGGGCUCACUCUCUCGCCGGACCUCAGGACCUGCCUCGAUGUGAACGAAUGCGCUUCUGCCAACGGAGGAUGUGAUCAACUCUGUGAAAAUACUGAAGGGUCUUUCUUCUGCGAUUGCAAGGAGGGAUUCGAACUCUCCGCCGACGAAGUCACUUGCAGCGAUACGGAUGAGUGCGUCGAGGACAACGGCGGAUGUGACCAAGAGUGCACCAACACGAAGGGCUCCUUUUCGUGCUCCUGUCUGCCUGGGUACGAGCUCGAGGAUGACUUCCACUGCAUUGACGUGGACGAGUGCCAACUGCAACUGUCCAAGUGCCAGCAUGACUGCAUCAACGUCCCCGGUUCGUACGAGUGCAUUUGCCACGAAGGCUUCGAGAUAUCGUCGGACAACCACACGUGCCUUGACAUCGACGAGUGCGGCUCCGACACCGGCUGCUCCCACUUCUGCACCAACCGGAACGGGUCGUACGUCUGCCACUGCCCGCCCGGCUUCCACCUCGACGCCGACGACCACACCUGCGUCGACGAGGACGAGUGCGCGAACGAGAACGGAGGCUGCACGCACCUCUGCCACAACUUCGAAGGCGGUUACAAGUGCAAAUGCCCCUCGGGGAUGGAGAAACUGCACGAGGGAACGGCCUACGAGAGGAAGCACGUCUGCGUCGACAUGGACGAGUGUGAGGACAACAACGGCAACUGCAGUCACAUCUGCAAUAACCUCGAGGGAGGCUACGAGUGCCAGUGCCCCGAUGGAUUCUCCUUCAGGACGGAAGAUGAUGGCACCGAGUCAGAGUUCGAGUGUGUGGAUCUGGAUGAGUGCGAGGUGGAUAACGGUGGAUGUAGCCACUUCUGCGUGAACACUGAGGGAGGAAGAGAGUGUAUUUGUCCUGAAGGGAUGAGGCUGCCUGAAGGGACGGGUAACAGCACACAGGAGUCCCCGUGCGAGGAUGUGGAUGAGUGUCUCAAGGAUAACGGCGGCUGCAGCCACGUCUGCAUCAACCUCGAGGGCACGUACGAAUGCGAGUGCCCCGAGGGGUGGGUCCUCGACAUACCCGAAGACUACUACGAUUACUACAAUGACAAACCCGUCGAUUUCGACAUCUACAACGAAGUCAUCUGGAAAAAGUGCGUCGACAUGAACGAAUGUUCCGAAGACAACGGAGGAUGUAGCCACACGUGCCACAACAGCGACGGAGGCUACAAAUGCUCUUGCCCAGAAGGGUACUGGCUGGGCAAGGACAACCGCACCUGCUGGGAUGUCAACGAGUGUGCCAUCGACGGCGGCGGCUGUUCGGACACGUGCACCAACACCGACGGGUCCUUCGUGUGUUCUUGCCCCGACGGCUUCCAGCUGGUGGACUCUACUCGCUGCGUAGACGUGGACGAAUGCCAGCAGGACAACGGCGGCUGCACCCACCGCUGCGUCAACCAGAUCGGGAGCUAUCACUGCGCAUGCUCGGAAGGCCUCAUGCUGCAGGACGACAACGUCACCUGCGCCGACCUGAACGAGUGCGGCGACGACAACGGCGGCUGCUCUCACGACUGCCAGAAUCUGCUCGGCAAUUACACCUGCAGCUGCCCGCCCGGUUUCGCCCUCGGGGAGGACCUGCACACCUGCGAGGACGUGAACGAGUGCCUCACGAACAACGGUGGCUGCUCGCACGUGUGCCGCAACAAGAAGGGCUCCCACAGGUGCAAGUGCCCCAAGGGCCUGAACCUCGGCGUCGACAAGCUCACCUGCCUCGACGUGGACGAGUGUGGCACCGAGAACGGCGGAUGCUCCCAUCAGUGCGCCAACCACAAGGGCCACUACACGUGCCUCUGCCCCACCGGCUUCGAGCUGGCGGCGGACAAUCACACCUGCGUUGACAUAGACGAGUGCCAGCUGGACAACGGCUCGUGCGGCCAUAAGUGUGUGAACAAGGAAGGGGGUUACGAGUGCCACUGCCCGUUCGGGAUGGAACUCAGCGGGGACAAGUUCACGUGCAAGGACGAGGACGAGUGUGUCAUCGACAACGGAGGAUGCAGCCAUGAGUGCCACAACACACGAGGCUCCUACAGAUGCGAGUGCCCCACCGGAUACCGCCUUGCUAGCGACGGUACUUCUUGUGAAGAUAUAGAUGAGUGUUCUAUCGCCAACGGAGGAUGCUCUCAUACCUGCAUCAACAGAAAAGGGUCGUUCCUGUGCACCUGUCCGAGAGGUUACGAGAUAUCUGAAGAUCCUUACAAAUGCCUGGACGUGAAUGAAUGUGCUAAAGCUCCUUGUGAACACGAGUGCUUUAACACCCCCGGCUCCUACUACUGUGCCUGCAGGCCUGGAUUCAAGCCGAAGCCAGACACCUCUCACCAGUGCUGGGAUGUAAACGAAUGUGACGAGGAUAACGGAGGAUGCGCCCAGGAUUGCUUCAACUCCCUCGGCUCCUACCACUGCGGCUGCUCGGUCGAGUAUAUGAUUGGGGAGGACGGGCACUCGUGCGAUCUCAAACCCGUGUUCUGUCCCGUGAUUGUGGCGCCUCUACACGGGGAGAUGGUAUGUUCUAAGGACCUCGUGGGGGGAGCAUACCCAAGGGGAACUACCUGUACUUUUACGUGCUCUGAGGGGGCGGCGCUCCACGGACGUGCUAAUACCACGUGCCUUCAGUCUGGGACUUGGUCAAAUAAUCCCGUUACGUGUCAAGAUGCUACCCUCACUACCUCCCUGCAUUCUCUGCCAAGGUUUCACGGCUUCGAAUGGUUGUUUCGAGACCGUAAUGGUAGGCGAUAUGAAGCUUCUUGGUUCCCUACGCUGUAUGCUACCCUCACUACCUCCCUGCAUUCUCUGCCAAGGUUUCACGGCUUCGAAUGGUUGUUUCGAGACCGUAAUGGUAGGCGAUAUGAAGCUUCUUGGUUCCCUACGCUGUUUUUAUGUGAACUGAUGACAAUAAAAAAGAAACUUAGCAAAUCGAACACGUCAGAGUCCAGCUUGAGUUGCCAGUUGUCCCUUUCCAGAGACUGGAGACUGGACCACACCCUACGGCCGUUCAUCCAGUGUCCUGGCGACUUCUCCGUGGACUUAGCUCCCCACCAGAGUUCCUCCUACGUCAGGCUCCCGCAACCGAAAGCUAACGUCGACUGGUUCAGAUAUGUCUCAGGACGGCACCAAAGGAGAGCGCUGGCUGGAGACACCAAGAACAGAAGAUACGUGGACUCUUCCCCGAGUUGGGCCAAGCAGCUGGAGGCGGACCUUCCGGCGGGUAAAACGACGGUAACCUUCAUAGCUCGUUCGCCCGUGUCCGAGGAGACGGCCGCCUGCUCCUUCGUCGUCGAUGUCAUAGACAAAGAGGAACCGCAAGUGUUUGGGUGUCCGAAGUCGUUCUUGGUUCACCUGGCGGACGGAGAGACGAGUUCCGAAGUCACGUGGAAGGAACCUGUGUUUAAGGACAACGUGGAGAUCGCUCACUUGUGGAAGUCGAUGGAACCAGGUCGGAAGCUGACGGUAGGAACGUAUCCAGUGCAUUACGUGGCUAUGGAUCCUUAUAGAAACCGAGCUAAGUGUUCUUUCACCGUGACUGUCCAGUCAGCUGUGGUUGGGGUUAAUAACCGGUGCCGUGAGCCAGGGCAGCUGGUUGGUGGGCAUUGGGUAUGCUCAGAGCUGGCCUGGGGGCGGAUGUGUCGACCUGCUUGUCGGCAAGGCUUCGUCAUGAUCAAAAAAUCUUCCUCCCCAAUUUACAUAUGUUCAACCUCCACCGGCCUUUGGACCCCCAGCUCGGAACUCCCCGCAUGCACGCCCACAGUUUCCUUCCGGCCAAGUGCUGGCUGUCUGCCCGGGUUUGAACGGCGGAAAACCCAUCCUGAUGUAUGCUUGGCGUGUACCCCAGGGAUGCACCGUAGUUCGAGGCAGCGGCAGUGUACUCCAUGCCCAUUGGGAACAUACACUGACAACUUCGCAAGCCAACGAUGCAAGCAGUGUGCCGACGGAUCCACGACAGCAGAGCCAGGGGCCAACUCGAACGCCCUUUGUCUUUUCCCCGUUGAAUGGACCGAGAGCGCCGCCCGUGCACAGACUGAACAACGAAAGAAAGUAUGGGAAGAACGCAAAACGUUUUCGUGGACGGUAGGUCUCUGUAGACACAGUUUGCUGUAUUUGUGUUCCUAUGCUUUUCGUAGUUACAGUAGAGGCUGGUUGUGGGCCCUCGAGAAGUUAGAGAUACAACGCACACUUCUUGGACUAAUUUUAUAA